AUGGCCCUUAGUCUCUCCGUCCUUGCCAUCAUCAACGCGGCCCUAGACGGCAACCUCGGCGUCCUCAAGCAAAUGGCGAGUCAGACGGACCUGCGGGAAGCCAAGGACAACGUGGGGCGGAACGCGUUGCACUUCGCCGCGAUGAAGGGCCACCUCGAGGUCUGUAGCUUCUUGGUGGAGGAAUUGGGCAUCGAUGUCAACUGCACCAACACAGAUGGCGUGACGCCGGUAAAAUACGCCGCGGCCACGGGAGAGGUGGGCGUCCUAAGGUACCUUCUCGACCACGGCGGCGACCCAGAAAUGCCCGACGCUAGGGACACCACGCCGCUGCACUUUGCGGCUGAGCAGGGGCACUGCGAAGCUCUAAGGCUGCUGUUGUCCAAGGGUGUUGAUGUGGAUGCCCUCCACUGCCGUCGUUUAUCGCCACUGCUGUUCGCUGUAGGGAAAGGCCAUGAUCAGGCUGUGAAUGUCCUGCUAGAGCAUGGCGCUGAUCCCAAUAUAGUUGCUCAUAAUAGGUUUUCACCACUCAUAAUGGCAUGCAUUGGAGGCUCCUUGAAAUGCAUGAGGCUAUUAGUUGAGGCUGGUGCUGAUGUGAAUCUAAAAAAUCACUAUGGAACAACUGCUUUAAUAAUUGCAGUUCAAGGUGGCUUUGCUGACAUUGUCAGGUUCUUGCUAGAGGCUGGAGCUGACCCUAACAUUUCUGAUGCGAAUGGGAAAAUUGCAAUCAUGUAUGCAGCAAAUAAGAGACUACGUGACCUUGUUCAAAUUCUUUUUCCUCACACAAAACCAAUUACAUCUCUGCCCAAUUGGAGUAUUGAUGGGAUAAUUGAUACUAUGACAUCUACGUCCUUCAAGUCUAUGGUAUUUUCUGUCACAAAAAAACAUAUCAUAGCUGGUGCAAAACCACGAGGAAAUGAAGCAUUUGCGAAAGGGGACUACCUCGCAGCAACCCUCUGCUAUGAUAUGGCAUUGCUCGAAGAUCCACUUGAUGCUACCUUGUUUUCCAACAGAAGCUUGUGCUGGUUGCGGCUGGGAGAUGGAAAGCUUGCUCUGUUAGAUGCUCAACAAUGCAAAGCCAUGCGCCCUCGGUGGCCGAAGGCAUGGUACCGUGAGGGUGCAGCUCUCAGCUUGCUGAAGGACUACAAAGGGGCAGUUAAUGCUUUCCUGGAUGCACUGAUGCUUGAUCCUGCAAAUGAUGAGAUAAAGACAGCGUUAAGGGAGGCCACUGAGGCUUUGAGUGCUGCUUGCUCUGAAGAACAGAACCCUUGA